AGGUGAGGCGACGCCGGCGCGGCAUGGAUUACCCCGAGCCCGGCUCGCCGCAGGGCGCCUGGGAGCUGCCCGGGGAAGGCGGCGGCGGCGGUUACGGCGGCCGCUACGAGCGGGCGGCCGGUGGCGAGGAGGAGGAGGAGGAGGAAGCGGCGGAGCAUCCCCUGGCCCGCCCGCCCCGCCGCCCCCGGCAGCGCUCCAUGCCGCCGCUCCGCGCCGCGCUCUCCACCUCCUCCGAGGAGGAGGGGGAACCGGAGGCGGCCACCCCGAGCGACUCGACCGGCGGCGGCGAGUUCGAUUCGGCCGAGUCCGGCGCUUCGCUGCGUUACUCCUCCGGCACCGGGGAAAGCGGCGAGGGCGCGGGGCUGGCGAGCGGAGAGAGCGGCGGCGGCUCCGCGCUGCCCGAGAGGAAACGGCAGCGCUCGGCGGCGGGCGGCGGGCGGCCCCGCUAUGAGGUGGUGCGGGAGCUGGGGGCCGAGGAGGUGCGCUGGUUCUACCGGGAGGACCGGAAGAGCUGGAAGCCCUUCAUCGGUUACGACUCGCUGCGGAUCGAACUGGCCUUCCGAGCUCUCGGCCCCGGCCCCGAGCGGACGGCGGUGGAACCGGUGUGCGUGCGGAGCGGACUCUACGAGGUGGACGUGGCCAACGCCGAGUGCUACCCCGUCUACUGGAACCGUGAGGCGGUGCGUUCCCCUGUAGGCAGAUGGCCAGCAUGGCUCUGCUGCGCUGCCGCCUGGUGCUCUCUGCCUGGUUCUCUGCUGCGCCCAGGCCACAGAAGACUGCAAGAAACGGAGAAGAUUCCCGUAAUGCGAGGGCAGUGGUUUAUUGAUGGUACGUGGCAACCUCUGGAGGAGGAGGAAAGUAACCUGAUAGAGCAGGAGCACCUCAACCGCUUCCGGGGCCAGCAGAUGCAAGAGAGCUUUGAUAUGGAAGUAUCAAAACCUGUUGAUGGGAAGGAAGUUCUCUACUACCUCCCUCCCUUCUCCCUCCCUUCUUUGUUCAAAUGGAGAGGAUAUAAGGAGAAUUCAGAUGCUGCAUGUCUUAAACGAAAGCGUUCCCAAGCUAUUCAUAGUCUAAAGUUGAGUCGCAACCAUGUGGACUGGCACAGUGUGGAUGAAGUGUAUCUGUACAGUGAUGCAACAACAUCUAAAAUUGCAAGAACUGUUACACAAAAGUUGGGGUUUUCCAAAGCUUCAAGUAGUGGGACAAGGCUACAUAGAGGCUAUGUAGAAGAAGCUACCUUAGAAGACAAGCCACCACAAACUAGUCACAUUGUGUUUGUUGUGCAUGGUAUUGGGCAGAAAAUGGACCAAGGAAGGAUCAUCAAAAAUACAGCUAUGAUGCGAGAUACUGCAAGAAAAAUAGAAGAAAAGUAUUUUUCCAACCUUGCAACACAUGUUGAAUUUCUUCCAGUUGAAUGGAGGUCAAAACUCACCCUCGAUGGAGACACUGUGGACUCCAUUACUCCAGACAAAGUGAGGGGUCUGAGGGACAUGCUGAACAGCAGUGCCAUGGAUAUCAUGUACUACACAAGUCCUCUUUAUAGAGAUGAACUUGUCAAGGGGCUGCAGCAGGAGCUGAACCGCCUGUACACACUGUUCUGCUCUCGGAACCCAGAGUUUGAGGAGAAAGGAGGGAAAGUCUCCAUUGUGUCCCACUCUCUGGGCUGUGUCAUCACCUACGACAUCAUGACUGGCUGGAACCCGGUCAGCCUGUAUGAACAGUUGCUGCGGAAAGAGGAGGAGGAGCUUGAAGACACUUGGAUGAGUUAUGAGGAGCGGCGUUUGCUUGAAGAACUUUACAUAACCAAACAACGGUUGAAAGAGAUAGAAGAAAGGUUACAAGGCUUAAAGGCAUCCACCAUAGCAAAAACACCUGUCUUAAAAUUUAAGGUUGAGAAUUUCUUCUGUAUGGGAUCUCCACUAGCAGUGUUUUUGGCAUUGCGUGGCAUCCGUCCAGGAAACAGCGGGAGUCAAGAUCAUAUUCUGCCCAGAACAAUUUGUAACCGCUUACUGAAUAUCUUUCAUCCAACAGAUCCAGUGGCCUAUAGAUUAGAACCUUUAAUCCUGAAGCACUACAGCAACAUUUCACCAGUCCAGAUCCACUGGUACAACACCGCAAACCCUCUACCUUACGAGCAUAUGAAGCCAAGUUUUCUCAACCCAACAAAAGAACCUACCUCAGUUACGGAUGGCGAAAGUGCUUCAACUGUACCAAGCCCAACUACUUCACCAGUCAUGGUUCGGCGCCACUACGGGGAGUCCAUAACCAACAUAGGCAAAGCCAGUAUACUGGGAGCUGCGAGCAUUGGGAAGGGCCUCGGAGGGAUGCUGUUUUCGAGAUUCGGCCGCUCAAGUACACAGACUGCAGAGCCAGGAAAAGAUGGAGGGGAAGGGGACGACAAGAAGAGCGCUGUGGGAACGCCGCCUUUCUCACAGAGCAGCUCGGGCUUCCUCGAACCCACGUUGGAACUGGAGCACAGGAUUGAUUUCGAGCUCAGGGAAGGUCUGGUGGAGAGCAGAUACUGGUCUGCAGUCACGUCGCACACUGCCUAUUGGUCAUCUCUGGAUAUUGCUCUUUUCCUCCUCACCUUCAUGUACAAACACGACCAGGACGAUACUGACAAAUCCAAUUUGGAUGCUAUCUGAAUUUUUGACUGGGGGUUGGGAGGGAUGGGAAAGGAAAUCUGAAAACCAAUGGCACAAAACAGAUGUUAAACCGCAGUAUGUAUGGCAUGGAGGUUUCAGGUUUAAGUGCAUGUUUGGGUUUUUUCCUGUUUCUAAGGAGCAAAAACGAUUUGUAUGGAAAAGCACUUUAUAGUUUCAAACGUUUUGCAGUGCUUAAUCAGACCUGAGGUUGUUCCAAAUUCCUGUUGACUUUGCAUAAAAAGACGACGCAACGUGCAGCACCACUUAAGCACCAUCGUGCAUCGUGCUCGGGUGACAUUCUUGUUGAUGACCAUAAUUGCUGUUCAGUUCAUUAAAGUAUAAAAAGAGGAGUUGAUUUAAAAAAAAAAAAAAAAAAAAAAAGCGAAAUUAAUUUCCAUUAACGAAGUAUGUGUUACUUACAAACCUAAAACUGCCAUGUUCCAAUGUCGUGUGUGUCAGUCAGUAACGAACGGUGGUGUCGUUUCUCUAGGAUCUGUUCAGCUCCACAUCCUGUUACCCACAGCACCAUUCUGAGGGCUGGCUGCUGGGCCGUGUUCUGCGUGGCACGUGGAGAAACCAACGCUGAAAAGCACCACGAGGAUCUGAAAUACUGUAAUUAUAAUUUAUUAUCUCCGUUUCAUUUUAUCCCAGUGUAUAAAUCAUUACUUUUUUACUGGUUUCUUUUGACAUAAUUUAAGAACCACGUUUAUUUUCUACAGCGUUAAGACUUUUUCUCAGAAAUGCAUAUCUUUGUACUACUAUUCAGAUGAAUAUAUGGACACUGUGGCACACUUUAAGUAUUUUUUCAUUAAAAUAAAUAUUUGUGGUUUCACACAAAUGACGUUAAUCAC